GGUCUUGCUGCUUUUCGAGUGCGAAGUGAGGAGAUCGAAGUAGCCAGAGACGAGCAAAGCGGGACAACACUAUGGCGAUGAUUCUGGGCUACUGGAACAUUAGAGGGCUUGCCCAUAGUAUCCGGUUGCUACUAGAAUACACAGGAACAUCUUAUGAAGACAAGUUGUACAGCUGUGGGGAAGCUCCUGACUAUGAUAAGAGUCAAUGGAUCAAUGAAAAGGAGAAGUUAGGGCUGGAUUUCCCUAAUCUUCCUUACCUAAUUGAUGGCAAGACCAAGCUUACACAGAGCAACGCCAUCCUCCGGUACAUCGCACGCAAGCACAAGCUCUGUGGAGAAACCGAGGAGGAGAUGGUCAGAGUGGACAUGCUAGAGAAUCAGGUGAUGGAUUUCCGCAUGAGCCUCGUGAUGGUCUGCUACAAUCCUGAUUUUGAAAAAGUAAAGCCUGGGUACUUGGAGCAGCUGCCAGGGAAGCUGAAGCUCUUCUCCCAGUUUUUGGGGGACCGAAAGUGGUUUGCUGGUGACAAGAUCACAUUUGUUGACUUCCUCGUGUAUGAUGUCCUCGACCAAAACCGCAUGUUUGAACCCAAGUGCCUUGACCAGUACAAGAAUCUUCAGGAUUUUCUCACCCGCUUUGAGGCUCUGGAGAAGAUUGCUGCCUACAUGAGCUCCAGCCGCUUUAUGAAGACUCCCAUCAAUAACAAGAUGGCUAAAUGGGGGAACAAAAAGGAAUAGAGGAAGGAUUAAAAGAAAUCUCUUUGCUGCUGCUGGAUGAUAGACUACUGUUAUUACAACUGGAGUUGAUCUGAUAGACUAAAGGCAGUUUCUGUCUCUAGAAUUUGGUGUUCCCUUUCUGUAGAAUGGCCGGUGAUGCUUUUCGUAUCUUGGAAGCUGUAGUAGCUAAUAAAGGAUCUUGGAAUGA